AUGACUAGAGAUUUACAAGUAGAUGUCAAACAUGAACUUAUUACACACCCAAUUUAUCAAUCUUAUUUGGAAAAAUGUGAAAAGCACACAAGAGACAAUAAUUCACCGCUACUAGAAGAGAAUAUCUGGCCGGUACUUACGGGAGAAACGCUUGUUGGUAGCGGCAAAAUUAAUUAUAGAGGUGAUUCCAUGUACAUGAUAGAUGAUAGAUACCUUAAUUCAGAAAAUGAUAUUGAGAAGCUUGGUCCUCAGGAUAAUAAUAGAGCAUAUACGUUUUUUCACUUGGGCCACAAAUUAUCAGGCCAUCAGAAGAUAAUACAUGGUGGGUUAUUGGCUACAAUGUUAGAUGAAUUGACUUGCAGAUUGGCGUUUCAAAACAAUCCUUCAGGAUCUGGAGUUACAGCUAACUUAAACAUCAACUAUAGACAACCAUGCUUUGUAAACACGUAUGUUCUAAUUAAAUGUGAAGUGUCACGAAAAGUAGGAAGGAAAUGUUUUGUGAAAGGGUAUGUUUAUAAGGUUGAUCUAGAUGACGAAAGCCGAGUAGUUGAAAGGUCUGAAAAUUUGUUGACUGAAUGUGAAUGUUUAGUUAUUGAGCCUAAAUGGGUUAAGGAUUUAAAACAUCAUUAA